AUGUCCACAGCCAUCGCCUCAUCACCGCGUCCAGCGCUCGAUCUCCGCCGCCAACGCCAACCCUACUCCCCUCCAGCCACCCCGCCCCCAACGGAUGGUGCUUGUGAAGCCAAAGCACCCGUUCUCCUCAUCUCCACCCACGUGCCGUCGCUCAGCGACAUCCCCGAAGAGCACGCACCCCGGACCACCGGCUCCUUACAUCUCAACUCCUUCGACGGCAACUUUUCAACCGCGUCCUCCGACCCCGAAGCACAGCUCAAACCCCCUUCACGCCGCUCAGCACUCUUACCAGGGUUCCGCAACCAGCCGUCGUUCAUGGUGUGGUUGCGCCACAGCUGGCUGGACAUCUUGACGCAGCUUCUAUGUCUGUUGAUCGCGCAGAUGAUUUAUCUAUUUGCCACGCCACUGAUGCCGCGAUACUUCCCUCUGUACUCCGGCGUUUGGGCAAGUGCGUGGGGCUUGAAGCACGGGAAACCGUAUCUGGCGGAGUAUGUGACGACGCUGGUGAGCGCGAUUGUGUCGUUUGCGGGCCCGUUUCUGGUCAUGGGCGCGGUGGGAAUAUGGUGGACGAGGGACUUUUGGGAGAGUAAUGCUGCUAUCAUGGGCCUAGGCUACGCUCUCGCAACGGCCACCCUCUUCCAAUCCUUCAUCAAAUGGUUCAUCGGCGGUCUGCGUCCACACUUCCUCGCCUACACGGCCGUUGUAUGCACAGGCGACCCCAAACACAUCAAAGAAGCGCAAAUGUCCUUCCCCUCAGGCCACGCAAGCGCAGCAUUCGCCGGCUUUGGCUUCCUCGCGCUGUACCUCAACGCCAAGUUCAAGAUGUUGCCUCGAAAUUCAUAUCCGAGAGACGACGGUGGCGAGAAGACAGAAAACAGGAGUGAGGCACGACGGACACCGCACUGGAAAGUCCUCCUCUGGGUCCUGCCCUGGCUCAUUGCGCUGCUGAUCGCCGCCAGCAAAGUCAGAGAUGGCUGGCAUCACCCGAUCGACGUGCUGUUUGGUGCUAUGGUGGGCACGCUGUUCGCGCACAUGGCGUUUCGAUGCGUGUUUAGAGGCGUGUAUGAUGGGCAGGUGAACCACUUGCCGAGGGAGUAG